UGGAUUAAUGUGUGGAGGUAAAUGCGUUAAGUCAUUUUCCCUCGAGGUCGGUAUGGAUUUCUUUACCUUAAUUGACAGUAAAAUACAAAUAGACCUGAUGCGCAGAGGUUAAAUACCCUGACGGCGUUCAUAUCAGGCUCUCCGCGUGCACACAGAUGUGUGAGCAGUGCUGCGUUGAAUGCGGUAAAACCGGCUUCUCAUUCGCGAGCUACGACGGAAACUUGAAUUCAUCUCAGUGAGUUAAUGCGCAUGCCGGUGUGACAGAGUAUGUAACUCAUACGGAGAUUAAUCUCACAGCGACAUUCACCCAUCCAUUUAUCCCUCCAUCCUUCCCUCCAUCCCAGAGGGAAGUUCCUCAGCUGAAAAAAAGCGGCCGUUCAGCUCUCCUCCGUUUAGCCAUCACUGUUCCCAUGAUGAUGUGAGGUAGCGGUCCGGUCCCUCUGGAAACAAGGACAAAUCUCGCUCUCGUGUGGGUUCUGACUGUGUUAUGCUCGGCUGGGAAAUUAACAGUGGACCAGUAGAGCAAACCGGCUGCUGUUCUUUCACAUGGGCGAAGACGAGGAGGGGGUCUGCGCCCAGAUUCGCCACGGAGGAAACGAAGAAAACGGAGAUAGCGGAACAUCUCUGGACCCGGACAGAGAGAGGAAAUAUGCGGAGCUGUUCAAGCAGCUGGACUUGAAUAACGAUGGCAAGGUUGACAUCAAUGAACUACGGACCGGACUGGCAGCUCGAGGUUUACACCGGGGAGAGGCGGAGGAGAUAGUCCUUGAGAGCGACAUCAACCAUGAUGGCCUGCUGGACUUCCAGGAGUUCUCCCAGUACCUGUGGGCUCAUGAGAAGAGGCUGUGGAACAUAUUCCACAGUCUUGACCGCAACAAUGAUGGUCGAAUUGAUGUUGGGGAGAUCCAGCACUCACUGCACAAGCUUGGUGUGGAGGUUACCACGGAGCAAGCCUCCAGGAUACUGCAGAGCAUGGACAGGGAUGGCACUAUGACCAUUAACUGGAAUGAAUGGCGUGAUCAUUUCCUGUUCAACCCUUUUCACAACAUGGAGGAGAUCGUCCACCACUGGAAACACUCCCAUAUGUUUGACAUUGGGGAACAUCUGACGGUGCCAGAUGAGUUCUCAGAGCGCGAGCGGCGGUCAGGCCUGGUAUGGAGACAGCUGGUUGCUGGAGCGAUGGCAGGGGCCGUGUCCCGGACAGGAACUGCUCCUCUGGACCGACUGAAAGUCUUCCUGCAGGUACAUGGCUCUACAUCUCGGGGGAUGAAUCUUUGGUCCGGGCUGAGGGGGAUGGUCCGGGAGGGAGGUGUCUUCUCACUCUGGAGGGGAAAUGGCAUUAAUGUCCUCAAGAUUGCCCCUGAAUCUGCCAUUAAGUUUAUGGCCUAUGAACAGAUCAAGUGGCUGAUCCGAGGAAGUAGAGAGGGGGGCGGUUUAAGAGUACAAGAGAGGUUCAUUGCUGGCUCUCUGGCAGGAGCUACCGCCCAGACCAUCAUCUACCCCAUGGAGGUGCUGAAGACUCGUCUGACAAUAAGAAAGACGGGGCAAUACUCAGGUAUGGCUGAUUGUGCCAGACAGAUCCUGAAGACAGAGGGAGUCCGAGCCUUCUACAGGGGCUACCUGCCAAACACACUGGGCAUCAUCCCUUAUGCUGGCAUUGACUUGGCUGUGUAUGAGACUUUGAAGAACGCCUGGCUCCAGAGGUACUGUGUAGAUUCAGCGGAUCCAGGAGUGUUGGUCUUGCUGGGCUGUGGUACUGUCUCUAGUACCUGUGGCCAGCUGGCGUCCUAUCCCCUCGCUCUCAUUCGGACACGUAUGCAGGCACAAGCCAUCACUGAGGGUGUACCUAAGCUGUCCAUGUUGGGCCAGUUUAAAUACAUCAUAUCCCAUGAAGGUGUGCCGGGCCUGUAUCGCGGCAUCACCCCUAACUUCCUCAAAGUCAUCCCAGCGGUCAGCAUCUCCUACGUGGUGUACGAGCACAUGAAGAAAGUUCUCGGGGUGGGUUACUAGAGUGAGACAAAGGAGAGGGAUUCAUGACAAAAAAGGACAGAGAGGCAAAGACUUCAUUGUGCUUGUGAGAAGAACA